UGAAAAUUCUUUUUGAAUGGAGUGUUUGGAUGGAAGUUUUCUACCCUCUAUCGACACAAGAGAGGGAUGACAGCAAAGAUGGCGGCGCCUAUGAGCAACGUGGAUGAAAUUCGUGAUAGAGUAAUAUUGGGUGAAUUUGGCGUAAAAAAUGUCCAUACUACAGAUUAUCCAGGAAAUUACCCUGGUUACGAUGACACAUGGGACUUUGAAAAAUUCAAAAAGAACUUCAGGAUCGAUAUAGUUAAUUCUGAUGAAAACACGUUGGAGUUUGAUAUGAUUGGAAUUGACGCUGCCAUCGCCAAUGCUUUUCGCCGUAUACUACUGGCUGAGGUCCCAACAAUGGCCAUUGAGAAAGUCUUCAUUUACAAUAACACAUCAAUAAUUCAGGAUGAGAUUCUAGCUCAUAGGCUUGGUCUUGUGCCCAUUAAAGCAGACCCUCGUCUUUUUGAGUACAGGAAUUCUGAGGAUCAGGAAGGCACAGAAAUUGACACAAUCCAACUUCAGCUGAAGGUAAAAUGCACCAGGAAUCCUAGAGCCCCUAAAGACUCUUCAGAUCCUAAGGAGUUAUAUCUCAAUCACAUGGUCUACUCAGGUGACAUAAAAUGGCUCCCAGUUGGAAACCAGGCCGAUGUAUUUGCAGAUGCCAAGAUUGGUCCUGUGCAUGGGGACAUUCUCCUGGCACAACUCCGACCAGGGCAGGAACUUGAUAUAGUCAUGCACUGUGUCAAAGGAAUAGGCAAGGAUCAUGCCAAAUUUUCUCCUGUGGCCACCGCAAGCUACAGACUCCUUCCUGAAAUCACAUUAUUACAGACCAUUGAGGGAGAACAAGCGGAGAGGUUAAAGCGCUGCUUCUCACCUGGAGUUAUUGAGCUAGAGAAUGUGAACGGAAGGAAGGUAGCUAAGGUUGUCAACAGUCGUUUGGACACAUGCAGCAGAGAAGUUCUCCGACAUGAUGACUUAAAGAACUUGGUGAAACUCGGCAGAGUGCGGGAUCAUUUCAUAUUCUCAGUUGAAUCCACAGGGAUCCUCCCUCCUGAUGUCCUGGUUACCGAGGCCAUUAAUGUCCUCAUCUCUAAGUGCCAGAAGUUUCUCACAGAGCUUGAUGCAACAGAAAUGGACUAGUUGGAAGAAAAUAAGGCUGGUUACAAUCAUCCUAUAGCUUUGAAUGAAAUCAUAGGAUUUGUUUGCUGACAUUGUACAUAACUUUUAAAGCUUUAGCUAAAACAAACUCCCUUAACAAGUGUGAAUUCAUACAAAUUCUAGCAAGCAGUUGUUUUUUCAACUUGAGGCUUUAAAAAAAAAUUGUUCCUGUAAGUAUCCAAGCAGUUUCUUUUUAGUCAAGUUAAUCUGUUUUGUUUGAGAUGUCCAGCUAUUACAAUACAUAUUUGACAACACAUUUUGUGACAUAUUUAUGUUUUUCCAAUGUAUAUUAAACUUUUGUUUUUGACAAAAUGACAAA